CAGGGAGGCGCCGAGCGGCGCCCGCGGGGCGUGAAUAAAGGGCGGCGGGCGGGGCCGCGGCGCUCCGGGAAGCGCGGGGCCGGAGGCGGCGGCGGGUGAGCGAGCGAGCGGGGCCGGCGGCUGGUGAGCGGGGCUGGCAGCGGGAGGAGGGAGGCCGGAGCGGGCCGAACGGGGGCCGAUGGCCGUCAGCUGACGGCCCCGCCGCCUGCCAUGACCAGGGCGCAGCUGACGCGGACGGGGAUCCUGCGGAUGGCGCUGGGCGGCGGAUCCGGCGACCCGCUGCUGCCGGCGGAGGGCGGCGGGGACCAGCAGGCGCCCUUCCUGCUGCGGGCCCUGCGCAUCGCCCUGGUGGUCUGUCUCUACUGGUUCAUCUCCAUCGCCAUGGUUUUCCUCAACAAGUACCUCCUGGACAGCCCUUCGUUGCGCCUCGAUGCCCCUCUUUUUGUCACCUUCUUCCAGUGUGCCCUGACAGCCGCCCUCUGCCUGGGCCUCAGCCUGGGGGCGGCCUGCGGGUCCCCCUGUCCCAGCCUGCCCGCCCUGCGCCUCGACCUCAAGGUGUCCCGCAGCGUCCUGCCCCUCUCCGUUGUCUUCAUCGGGAUGGUCACCUCCAACAACCUCUGCCUCAAGCAUGUUGGCGUGGCCUUCUACAAUGUGGGGCGCUCCCUCACCACCGUCUUCAACGUGCUGCUCUCCUACGUACUCCUCAAGCAGACCACCUCCCUCUAUGCCCUCCUGGCCUGUGGAGUCAUCAUAGGUGGCUUCUGGCUGGGUGUUGACCAGGAAGGAGCGGAGGGCACUCUGUCAUGGACAGGUAUAUUCUUCGGGAUCUUGGCGAGCCUGUGUGUCUCGCUCAAUGCCAUCUACACCAAGAAGGUGCUGCCUGUGGUGGAUGGUAGCAUCUGGCGCCUCACUUUCUACAACAACGUCAACGCUUGUGUCCUGUUCUUUCCACUGAUGCUGCUGCUGGGCGAGUUCCACACCCUCUACCACUUUGACAAGCUGGGCAACCUCGGGUUUUGGGGUAUGAUGACCUUGGGGGGGGUGUUUGGCUUUGCCAUUGGGUACGUGACUGGACUUCAGAUAAAGUUCACUAGCCCGCUCACUCACAACGUUUCAGGGACAGCCAAGGCCUGUGCCCAAACAGUGCUGGCUGUUAUCUACUUUGAGGAGGCAAAGAGCUUCUUGUGGUGGACGAGUAACUUGAUGGUUCUGGGAGGCUCCUUUGCCUACACGUGGGUGAAAGGGCUGGAGAUGAGAAAGGUGCAAGAGGAUCCUAACAUCAAAAGCGGCGAAAGAAAUGAAACUGGUGUGUAGGCGGCUCCUGCACCUCUCUUUCUGUGCCCAGGGGAUUAACCUUUGGUGGUCCUUUCCUCCUGGUGAGAAGAGCAAGGAGCAGGAAAAUGAUUCACCUGCAAAGUGUAUGGGGAACUGUGUCAGGAACCAGAGCCAGAGACCCGGCUGGGUCAUGUUUUACCCGUGGGAUCCCGCGCUGUAUUGGAGCUGGGGAGCACAUGUGCUGUAGAGGGCAUUUGGGGGUUUUUGUGAACAUUUUUUUAAAUGGAUGUCACUGUUGACUUAAUCUGGGCAGUGUGCAUCUCUUGAGGGUGUGUGCUCGCAGGGAACAAAGGCUGGGAGGGGAGGUUUGUGUAGUUAGGGAUCUAGGGUUAACUGAAUGAAUGUGGUCUGAAGUCACAAAACGCUGAACCCUCCCCACCUAGGGAAGAGGCAGGUAGCCAGGCUGUCAAGGACAGGCUCCAGGAAACUGCUCUGCUGUAAAAGGGCUGGCAACAGCUGUUCUUCCUGCUACCCUGUUGGGGGGCAAAGAAAGGGCAAGUCCUUCCCUUCAGGUUCUGUACAAGUCUAAGCAGCAGCAGUGCCUCCAAAUCUUCUUUCCAGUGAGUCAGAUUGAUCCUGCUGAGGUUUCUCCUGUAUUUUUCUCCACCUGAUUUCUUAGUUCAGGAAAUCAUCCUAAGAAUCAAAGGUGAAACAUCUCAUUCCCUCUGCACUGUGUGCCAUGAAAGAGAGCUUGCUCUCAAAGGACCUUUAUUGAGGGGGAGUGAGCUUUGACACUGCCUCUGUCAGUGACAGGUAGGAGGGGAAAAGUUACUCUGAAGCACUUCCUUCUGAAGGGUGGAAAUCCCAGUUCAUGAGGUUUGCAACACUUGUCCUCUUUACCCUGUGUUUAAAAAUGGGUUUGUCACUAAUUAGCCUCAUUUUGGGGCCCUUUUCCCCAUACCUAUGUUCUAUCUGCUUUGGUGUUUGCAGUUUUCCUUCUGGCUUGUUCCUUUACAGACACACACCCAUGGCCAGCUCAGUGAAUCCUUAACG